AUGGAGCUGCCAGCCAGUCCGCGAUCGCUAGCAUCCUUGGCGCGCGAGCUGCCCCGCCGCACGGCCAAAGAGAUCCUUGCGGAGCGCGGCGGGACGCUGCUGGUGAAAGGUGCAUCGUACAGUCAUGGCCUUGACGCCCUGCGCGCCAUCUUCUCUGCUGGCACGGAUCUGGCUGCCCCGUUGCCAAAGUCGCGAUGGGAUCACGAGGAGUACUACGACCCACACGGUUCCAAGAGAACCGGUAUCUACACCAAGCAUGCGGCCUGCACGAGCUUGCCGGGCCCGGUUGAUGCCAGCUUCUUUGGCCUCACAGAGGAGGAGGCGCCGAGCAUGGACCCCAUGCAGCGCUCUUCACUCCUGGAGGGCUUCCGAGCCGUACGGGCUGCAAAGUUUACGCGCCAUAGCCUGCGCAACAGCUCCUGCGGCGUCUAUGUUGGUUCCAUGAACUUUGACCACGCCAUGACGGAGGCGGGUGUAUUCGACCGUGGCAAUGUUGCAAUGAUGGCCAGCCGGCUCUCACAUAUCCUCGGCUUGCGGGGGCCAGCUGUCUUCAUGGACACAGGCUGCUCUUCCUCCCUGGUUGCUGUGGACAUGGCUGGCGGCCAUUUGCGUCGCGGCCGAGCCAGCUUGGCACUCGCUCUAGGUGUGAACCAUUUGCUUAGCCCGCUCAUGUUUUUUGGCCGCUGCGCCAUCAACUUGCUAUCGCGGCGGGGCUGCUCUGCGCCCUUCAACACCACCGCCGACGGCUACGUCGUGGGGGAGGGCUGCGGAGCUGUGGUGCUCGGGCGCGGCCGCGAGGGCAUGGCCAUCUACCGAGGCAGCCAAGUCAUGGAGGAUGGCCGUAGCGCGCAGCUCACAGCGCCCAGCGGGCCGGCGCAGCAGGAGCUGCUGCGGGAGACGAUGCGCCGCGCCGGGCUGGCGCCGGCGGAGCUGGUUGGCUCGGAGUGCCAAGCCAAUGGCUCUCAGCUGGGGGACCCGAUUGAAACGGGUGCCAUUGAGAAGGUCCACGGCCCACGGGAAGGACCUUUGGUGCUGAUGUCGGGCAAGUGCAAUAAAGGGCACGGUGAGGGCGUAGCAGGGAUCACCACGCUGCUGAAGGUGAUCUUUUUCCUGAAUGACCGGCACAUCCCGCCACUGAUCCACUUCAAUCGCCUCAAUGCCAAUAUUGACACUGCGCAGACGCCCACACUGUUCUGCGGUGAGACCGCGGCUUUGCCUGAUGCGGCCUUGAAGGCUUGCGGGUCCUCCUUCGGCUUUGGAGGUGUGAAUGCCCACGUGUUGAUGGAGGCCUUGGAGUAUGUCCAGAAGGCUCGUGCAGAGCCGAAGGGGCCGGCACCAGUCGCCGAGUCAGCGUAUGAGUCCACAGCGUCCGCAGCGUCCGCUUCCCCACCAGCUGGAAAGUCUCUGGCCGCUCUCUCCGUCGCUGAUGUGAGGGGCAUGCUGCGCAAGGUCGUCGCUGCUCUGGUGGAUGAGCCUCCUGCUGCAGACGUUGCACUGGUGGAGAGCGGUCUCGACAGCUUGGCAGCAGUGCAGCUGCGCAACAACCUGCAGAAGGAGACCGGGCUAGCGCUGCCAAGUACAUUGAUGUUUGACUACCCCACGAUGCAGGAGAUUGCUGAGUUCUUAUCGCAAUCGGCUUGA